CUUUACAAUAAAUCCCGCUUCCAUUAUUUUCAACCAAACUCGUUCCUUUUAUCUACAAACUUUUUAUAUUAUACCUUAUUUUACUACAAAAAAUGUCGAACGAAGUUGUGCCCCAAGUUGUAUCUGAGAUUGUGCCCGAGGCUGCCAUUGAGUCUGCCCUCGAAAUUGUACCCAAGUGGACUAGCGAAGAUCUCAGCGGCGAGGGUGUCAGCAAGAAGGAUAUUGUAUCCUUCCUGCAGGAGAGCGGAAAUAAUGACUUCCUUUUGGCACAUAAGCUCAACGGCAAGCUGGCCAACAUUGCCAAAACCGCAAAGCGCCCGGCGCUGCUGGCCGCAUAUCGCACACUCUUCGAUACCAAGCAGUUCCGCUCCAGUGACGAGGUUUCUGCCACCGAGAUCAAGAGCGUAAAGGCUGAGACUACCGGGAGCGAGAAGCCGGAGGGCGAGCAUGUACAAGAGGAUAGCACCCCGAAGUACACCAAGAAGGUGACCAAGAAGGGUACAGGUACCAGACUCCCAGCCAAGGGUGACCGCGUGAACGUGUUCUAUACUGGCAUGCUGGAGAACGGGACCCAGUUUGACACGAACACUGUCGGAAAGGGCCGCAAGCCCGCGUCACCAUUGACACUCAAGGUUGGAACUGGCCAGGUCAUCCGCGGCUGGGACGAAGCUCUGAUGACUAUGGUCCAGGGCGAAAAGGCUCGCCUGACCAUCCAGCCCGAAUGGGCAUACGGCCAGCGCGGCAAUGCGGCCGGCGGCAUCCCCCCCAACGCAACUCUGGUUUUCGACGUUGAGCUGGUUGUGGUCGACUAAAUCCCUAAAUCCCUAAAUCCCUGCAAUCGAACCGAGUGUAAUCAGAUUUUGAAAAUUUUCUGCUGCCUUGAUCUAGAUGUGUGGAAGAAAAUUUUCUCUCGCAUAUUGUUCUAUCUUUUUCCACUUACCAUCAGCAAAGCACAAGCCGCCCCUAACAGGCUAAUAUCUUCAAGCGCCGCCAGCCCACUGCUACCAGCGCCAACAUUGUAUUUCUCUCAUUUUGUUUUUACCCAUGUCGUAGCUGAAUCUUUCACACAUUUUC